AGACGCUCUGUCCUUCUUCCGAUCCUCCUCCAUUAUGGCUGCUGCCGGCAGUGGUUGUAAUGCAGGGAAGAGCUUGUUGCAGUUUAUGAAGUUUAUAGGGCAGCUAAAGAGAGUCCCAAGGACAGGAUGGGUGUACCGCAAAGUGGAGAAACCAGAAAGUGUAUCAGAUCAUAUGUACCGGAUGGCUGUGAUGGCUAUGCUAACAGAAGACCAAAAACUUAAUAAGGACAGAUGUAUACGACUUGCUCUAGUGCAUGACAUGGCAGAGUGCAUUGUGGGUGAUAUAGCUCCUGCUGACAACAUCUCUAAGGAAGAGAAGCACAGGCAAGAAAAGGAAGCCAUGAAGCAUUUGACUCAGCUGUUACCAGAGGAAAUGAAGAAGGAGGUGUAUGAACUGUGGGAGGAAUACGAGCAUCAGUGCAGUGCUGAAGCCACGUUUGUGAAAGAAUUAGAUCAAUGUGAGAUGAUCCUACAGGCUCUGGAGUAUGAGGAACUGGAGAAGAGACCAGGAAGAUUGCAGGACUUUUAUAACUCAACAGCAGGAAAAUUUAAGCAUCCAGAAAUUGUUCAGCUUGUUUCGGCCAUCUAUGAAGAGAGAGACUCCAAUAUAGCAUCACAAAGUACUGGUCCUCCUCCUUAAAUUGUUCAUGAAUAAAAAUAAAAUAUUUAUAUAUUUUA